AGGACCGUCGCUUUGUAUGAAUCCUUCUGUGGACGCAGUGUUAUUACAGAUGGUACAACAGCAUGUUCAUAAGCUGAUAGCUGAUGUCGACAAUAUGGCGUUUGGAGUGGAUUGCGACAGGGAGACAGUAGACAUUGCACUGCAAGAUGUCACUGGUGAUCUGAAGAAACUGGGAGAACGCAUCUCAGCUGUUGAGAAGCAAAAUAAAGGGUUAAAACGCAGCAUGGAAACCAUUCAAGAUGAACAGAGUGCUAUGGGAGAAAAGGUCAAGUCACUAAAGUCAGACCAUGAUUUUGUACAGCAGCGAGUAACACAAGUGGAAGAGCAACUUAGAUCUCUUCCUCAAGUCAGUUUUGGUAAAUAGAAUUAUUCUUAUUAUCUUUCAAACUUUUACUUCUGUUUAUUUUUGUUUAAUCCAGUAAUGUUUGAUUGGAUGAUAUUGGAAAAUGUAUCCAAAAUACAAAAGGUGAUAAUGCAAACCUACGUUUAAAGCUUAAAAAUUCUUUAUAAUAACCGAAAUUAAUAUUCGAAAUAAAUCCACUUUUGAGCAAAACGUGACGUGGUCUUUCCAUUAAAUGACUAAAAGACUUCAACUUUAAAAAACUUUUAAAACCUCAACAUUUACUCAAUUUUGUGCAAACGUUAUAGACAACUCAGUUCGAUGGAUAACAAUGAAUUUACGCGAUUCUAUAGUACACUGAUCAAUUGCAGCUCUGACAAUUUCUAUCUACGAAUUUUGAUAUAUCUAGCCCAUUUUUUCGAAAACCAACCUAUCAAAAUGUGCAGUCAUUUGGGUUAAAAGAAGUCAAAAGUCAGGUUUUUUGGGCUCGAUAAGCUGCAAAUCAAGGAAAAAGAUGGGAGACUAAGAAAGAGCGAGGAGGAAAAGAGAAAAAGCAAUCGUUGCACUGUUACUUUUUAUAAUGGCUUCUUUAAAAACCUUUGGACACAGAACGGUCCGUUUGACGAUAACGUUUUCAAACAUCCGUUUAGAUAUAAAUUUCUGUUUUUCGAAAUCGCACAUGUGUAGGUGUCUCGAGCGGUUUGGUGUUAGUGAUGUGAAAGAGACAUUUUUAAAACAAAUAAGUAGUAAAAUCUUUCCAGAAACAUCCAGUAAAUAGCUUAUCUUUACUGAUUCCUCACAUAUAGAUUUUUGUGAAACUUCGCGGAGUAGAAGGCAAGCACCAAAGAAAACGUAGCCUAGUACAUAUCCAGAGAAAAUACGACGUAGGGCUGAAAUUCAAAGAGGAACAAAAACAAUUGUGACGUCAUUGUCACGUGAUAUUCAUUCGGAUCGCGAAAAAGAUAUCAUAAUAAAGUUCAAUCUCUGGGUAAUUCAUGUGUUAUAAUGGAUUUGUAGUAAAGACCAAGCUGUUAACGUAGAACUGUUCCUUUUGCUUGUUCCUAAGAAAAAUUGGAAGUCUAAUAGAAACGUUUUUACUCGAUUAAGUAAGGAAAUGUGGACCACUGAAAUGUAAUUCAGCUUUCUUCAUCUAAGCACUUUGUUUUUCUUCCUUUUUUGUCCGUAGAAAUUUCCAAUUUUGAAGCCGAUAUCGCCUUUUUUGCCGAGCGACACGAUCCAGACACGAGAGAGUGGCUAUUUGCAGAUAUUAUCAGUUGGUGCCAUGCUCCUGGUGACUCAAGAGCUUAUGUUCUCCUGGGUGAUGCGGCAGUUGGCAAAAGUGUGAUAGCAGGAGCCCUGGCAAAGCGAGCACAGGAUGCUGGGUACUUAGGCGCUGCUUACUUUUGUCACUACAAAGAUGAGACGAGAAAUGAUCCCAGAAUUCUUCUAGGUACUAUAGCUUGUCAACUUUGUAAAUGUAGUGUUCAAUACAGUAAUAUAGUGGGAGGGGAGGGUGGUAUAAGAGUGGCAUUAGCAAAUAGUAAACUAACUAUCUCUGGAUUGUUUACAAAACUGUUACAUGAACCUUUAGGUAAGUGCUCGCUUAGUGAACAAAGAAAAUUAGUCAUAAUUGACGCUCUAGAUGAGACAAAGUACAAGUCCAGGGACGAUUUUCUUGAUCUGGUUAUGAACCGUUUUCCCCGGCUUCCAAAGUGGCUUUUGUUUUUUAUCACCAGUCGCCCUGAAGAUACCGUGCAGUCCACUCUGAAAAAUCACAACCCGUGCGUUAAAAUAUGCGCAGGAUACGGCAAACAUCUUAAUGUUUAUCAGCAGCACGAACAGGACAUAAAGCGAUUUUUGGAAAAAAGAGUCGAUUUCUCCCGUCUCCCCUUCACUGUUGAAGACGUAACAAAGAAGUGCAAUGGACUGUUCUUGUACGCUUUCUUCAUGGUCAAAGUGCUAAGUAAUUCAGUAUGUUCAGGUAGCGUUGGUGAACUGACUGAAAUUUUUCCAGGGGACAUUGAUGAUUUUUUUCACGACAAUUUCAAGCGGAUUUUUGAUAAAGUGGGAGUAGAUCUCUUCGGAACUUUGUUCGGCUGUCUUGUAGCUUCUCCUUCUCCUCUUCCGCGGUCAUUUAUUUCAUUCCUUCUAAGGAAAGAAAAAUUGCGCCUGGACGAACAAGAAGUUAUUGACACUUUUUCAAUAUUUUUGGUACACCGAGCGUCUGAUCUGACCUUUGCCUUUCUUCACAACUUAGUCCCAGCCUGGCUGACCGACAGGAACAAAGCUCGGCGAUUUUUUGUCAACAGUACAGAAGCAAGGGAGUACUUGAAAAAAAUUGUUCUGGAAUUUCUUCCCUCUUUGAUCGACGUGUCAUCGGAGAAACAUCCUUCUGUCGAAAAAGAUUUACUAGACUAUAUCUUGCAUGUUGGCAUUCGUGUUUUGUGUGGUUACGAUGACGCAGAUUCAAUGAAGAUCGUUUACAACUUCUUGACAAGCUACCAGCUGAUCCAGCAGAGAAUACAGAAAAGCCGGAUUGAAGUUUAUACCGUGAUUGGUGAUCUCAAGCUUUCUGCUCGCUCACAGACUCUUGAUGAUACUGAAAAGGAAAUUCUGCAAGAAAUUUGCAGGGCGCUGGAAAGAAAUAUCCAUACUCUUCUGGAAUGUCCACAUCUUCUGCCUUCCUGCCUGCGAAUGGCGUCCAAAGCUGUCAAAUUAAACAUGACAAUUCCCGAUGGAGUGUCCACCACUUGGAUGGAGUGGAGUUGGCUUCCUUUCCCUGCUCCUGAAGCCACUCGUAACAAGGGCAGGAGUAGCUUCGCUUUUUCUCCUGAUAGGACGUUAUUGGCCGAAGCCAAAGGCGGAUGCACUUCGUUGUACAAUUCAUGCUCCCUUGAAAGGUUGGUUGGCCCAGUCGAAGCAAAGGAAUUGGCAGACGUACAACGUCUGGCAUUUUCUUGCUGUGGUAAUUUUGUGUUCGCUGGAAAAGUUGAUAAAGCGUUUUCAGUAGAGCGAGGAGUUAUUGACACUUAUUUCCCAUUACAGACAGUUCAUCUUUCAUUUGACUGGUGUUCGUUUACCCUUGAUCGACAACACAUCGUGGUGAAGUGUAACGGUUUACCUAAUCCCAAGUGCUGUUUGUGCCUUUUAAAUCACCUUUGUUUGUGGGCCAAGUUGGAAAUUGCACAGAGCCGAGAAAGAGAACCCUUAUGUCGAUGCUUUCCUGACAAGCUGAAAGUGACAAGAAAAUACCCCCAAUUAGCAGCCUAUCAAGAUUCGCGCAUUACAGCAAUGAGGCCGUUGUUAAAUCUUCUCAGCCAAAUGGAACGCGAAGAAUGGUGUUCAGUUUUGGAAAAGGUACAACUUAAUAGAGGAGAUGGAACGUUUCUGGUUCCAAAUUGUGAGAGCUGUAAAACAGCAGAAGGAUAUGAAGCAUUAACCUUGGAAGAAGUUCGUCAGUUUGUUAUUGACCACUACUCUGAGAUAUUUAAAUAUCAAGUUUUGGAUAUGCAAACGGGUAAACCUGUGCUUAAUCUAGCCUUAUCUUCCGGUGUUGAGGUGAGCCCAUUUAUUCAUUUUUGUCACCUAGGCACAGCAUUCGAGACAUGUGGCACACUGUUUACCGGCAUCGGUAAAGCUCUGUCACUCUGCAAUAUUGCUUUACUAAGCACUAUUUGUCAUCACCUUCUUUUCCGUUCAAGUAUAUUGCCGAAACUCUAUUUUCCUCUGUCCAGUUUUCUACGUACUCCAUUCAAAUGGUAUCAGCCUGGUCCUGAUGGAACAGUUAGCUUUACAAUGGAUGAAAGUGGCGUCAUUCGCCAAAACUUGAAAUGCUUCAUUGAAGAGAUCAAACUCUAUGCUCCCGUCGAGGACGAUGUAGUUCUUUAUGUGACUCAUGAGUUCCGUUUGUGUGCACUCUGUCUCCAGACAGCCACCACUACUGUUCUAUACAGCUCCCCCAUGUUGGACUACUUGGACCUUGAACACGUUCUAGUUCAACAUUUUGAACCUUUCACGCUCGUCUUACCCGACGAUGAUGCUAUAGGAGAGGCAAUAGCGAAAACGUCAGUAUUAUCGACUUACACAUUUACCGACUUAUGCAACGAAGACACUUAUGAAGCAAUAGAAGAGGCAUCAGUCUUAUCGACAGUUUCAUUGACGAUAGCGUCAGAACUUGGAAAUCUCCCUGAUGAAUUCAAGAAACUAUUUUUUCUUGACAGUAUACCUUGCUUCUCACUAGGAGAGGUGUGGGUGGCCAAACCUGCAGUUGGUCAUGAUAAGGAAACGGUCUUUUUGUUUCGUGGAAGACAAGAUAAGCAGCAACAUUCCCAAAACCCAGAUUACGUCAUCAAGGAGGUCUCCCAAUUUGGUUUCACAAAUGACCACUUUUUUUUCGUGUAUUUGAGUGUCUUCAACACACUUCACGCCCUGUAUCUCCAAUCGGGUACCAUUCUACGAAGCAUCUCCGGAGUUAGCCCCUUAUUCUUUAUUGCUGAGGGUCAAGUUGGCUAUCGUUUUCUGGCCAAUGACGAGGGUAAAACUGUCUUUUUGAAAGACUUUCCUUGUGAGUUUUUGCAGCAUUUUCUCAUUCCGCUACAAGUGGAAAAACCAACGCAAGUAAACUUCGUUUCAGAUGACAAUUUCCUUGCGCUUUUCGUGGACUCAUCAGUUAAGUCAUUUCAAACAACAGGCAAUCGAUGUACUUACACCCUCUAUUCUGAAGGUUUAAACUUUGGUUCGCUUGGCUCUUGGCCGGUGGAAAAAUGCGCAUUUUCUUCGGACGGAAAACUGAUUGCCGCUCACCAUGGCACCAAGAUAACGUUGCACGAUACAAUCGGACAAGACUGUUGUAGGUUUGUUUGUACAGUUUUUGAAGCUGACUACGAUUUCAGUGUCCUUCAGCUUACAUUCUCGGCUAACAGUGCCUUCCUUCUUUUCUGUAUCAGGAAUGGUCCUUUUUUCGUGUGGGACGUUAAAAAGAGAGAAACUUUAGGAUCAUUUUACCCGCCUGUUGUUUCUGAGGAUUUUUGCUGCUGCAUUACAGAAGAUGCUAGAGUAGUUUUGUGCACUGGACCAUACAUUGAGAUCUGGGAUUCUGCGAUGAGUCCAUGGUGUCUGGUAAAAAGACAGGCUAUCAGCUUGCUCUACAGUGCAGCGGACAAGAUCACCUACUGCACGGUGUCACCCAAAAACAAUCUACUAGCUUGCUGCAUGGUGGAUAGAAUCCUACUCUAUUCGCUUGAUCGCCCCAUUUUGAAGCUACCUCGCGCCCAUUUAGGCAAAAUUGAGUUUUGUCGGUUUUUGAAAGAGAAUCGUUAUAUAAUUUCGUAUGGUACUGAUGGUGCUGUGUUCUUGUGGGACUUACUUGAGCGGACAGCCAUUUCGUUUAUAAGAAUUCCACUAGAGCGUGGAAACAUUACUUGCAUGACGGUGUCCCCUAAGGAAAACAAAGUAGUUGGUUGUACUUCCUUUGGGCGAUUCUACGAAGUGAAACUUUGCGGAUUAAAAUCUGAGAUUCCGUCAUUUCAAUUACAGCCGGAAAAAAUGAGGAGAGAGCAAAAUGUGUCAACACUCUCUGGAGCAGUUUGCUCUGGUGUUGAACAGAUCGCUGAGGAAAGGGACACUUCAAAACUAGUGGAAGAGAUGGAUUUUAUGUAUCCCUCUGACCGCAGUGAAGACAGUGAUGGAGAUGAAUCAGAAAAUUCAGCGGCUGAUGAAGAAGGUUUAACAUCUGGUAUCAAUACAUGAAGUCGUGAGACAUUGAAAGCGUCAGAAGAGCCACGGGCCGGUCACCGGUGAGCUUUGAAAUACACAGACUAACCAGUCAGUUUUAAAAUCGUAGUUGUUCUGUUCAUCUCGUGGGGUAGAAAACAUUGAUCAAAGUUAAUCGGGAGAGUACCAUAGCUUUUUGGGCAAAUCAUCAGUAAUAUGAUUGUAAGCUAGCAACGUGACAAUGAAGGCAAAUGAGACUCUUUAUUAAUUAGGGCUCUUAUAAUACAAGAAAUGAGAUUACAACAAGAAGUUCUCCGCUCUCAUUUGUGAACAGUUUUUAAAAACCAAAAACACUAGAAUUAGCUUUGGAAAUAGUGGCAAAGUGAAAAUCUAGCAACUUUAGUGUUACGUGUAAACUGUUAUACGUCAUUUGUUUCCUUCAUUCUUGUGGUCAUUUAACACCAGUACAACGUCACGGUCAUUUUCUGUGGUAACAUGGCGAAUUUUUACCGCGAAUUUGAGGUUAAAAACGGAUCAAAAAUAUAUACCAUCUCCGCAUAACGACAUGCUUUCCAGUCAGAUUUGUUGUCCUUGGACUAAGCUGUCUCGAGAUGAUCUCGUUUCUUAAAAAAAUAUAUUAAUCAUUUCAAUCUCUGGUUUCCAUUUUGGGCUUUAGAAAAUAAAACGUACUGAAAUAGACGUAAGAUAUGAUAACCCAGAGUUGUCUUUAUUUGCUUAUCUGUUUCAGUGUGCGUUAAAAUUGCAGCUGAGAAAGUUAACUGAAACAAGACAACGUGUUGAUAUUUUUUAAACGUCAGUGUUCGUUAGCUUGGAAGUAUGUCGACUUUUGUAUAGUCUUAACAUAAUAGUUUUGAAAAUGACCUGGUCAAAAAGUUUAAUAUCGUAACCAAACAAUCCACAGUCUUAAAGUAGUUUCGAGAUCUUGAAGAGAUUUUAACGUUACUUUCUUUACUUUGUUUUCAUGAAGUGCAUUUGAUGCAAUUUAACAGUUUAUUCUUAGGGCGUUUUCGUACAGAGUGGUUACAUUCUCCUCAAAGGACUGCGUGAGCCCUAUCGUUUCCUAAACGCGUUAGGUCAUUUCUCUAACGUUCUCUAGCCGAAUUGAACAAGCGUCAUUCGAUAACGCGUGCGUGAAAGGACCUAGGACGUAAGCGUCCUAGAUUAACGAACUUAAGAAACAGGACGGGAAAGGAAAGAAGACGGCAAACCUUGUGUGACAAGCGUGACAAUAAUUUUGUGUGAAAAAACUUUACACUAAACUUGACCCUCCUUUGCCAUGUUUGCGUGAACUCACUAAUGAUUGCCACAGACCGUAUGCUUUGAGUCUGUGGAUGAAAUCCUAUGGUGUUACACUUCAAAUGAAAUCUCUUCAGCUGUACUUUCACGUAGCGUUAUCUAUUUAUAUGUAGUUCUACCUUUUGAGUCUGUGGAUGAAAUCCUAUGGUGUUACCAUUUAGAUGAGUUCUCUUUAGCAAAUCUUUCACAUGGUACUCUUUGCUGUUCACCAAUUUACAAAAAAAUUCUGAAAUUUUUCUUAAAUGUGUUUACUUUGGUUGGUUACAUUUGGGAGUGAAAGGUUUCAAAGGGAACUUCCACUGUUACAACAAUUUGACCGAAACUCUGUGCUAAAGAAAGUGGAUACCAGCAAACAGAAAUCGCCCGAUUUUUGCUAUAAAAUUUUCCGCCCGACACAUAAUUUUGUAAUUUUUGAAAACAUUUUGCUCCGGCCAUUGUUGCGUACACAAAAUGUUGAUUUUUGAUAGUGGCUCGCUGGAAGAAGGUGAAAGUAGCCGAUAUUCUGGUAACUUUAACUCCAUCCCUUGUAAAGAAAAAGAGUUGAAAUUAACGACUCACUUAUACAGUUGUAAGUUACAGUCAAAUUUUUAUUACAGUUGAGGUUCCCUUAAACUAAAUAAUGGUAAAACGUUAAAUUCCGAACAGAUAUUAAAAAUUUCCAGCACUUGUUAAUUAACGUGUGCCUCUUCCUAAUUAAAUUCCAAAACUGAUUCGCACAUAUGUUGUAUUAAGAUUUACAUUUUGUUAAAAAAAAAAAAUCUCAAAGCGACCUGCUGUUGUGUAAUACAUAUUAUUAGUUUGUAAGAACGUUAGGCUUACCAGC